UUACCCUUUCUCUUCUUUCAGAGUUUGUUGGGUGGGGUUUGAUAUUUGCGUUAGGGUUCUUAUUAAAGAAAGCGUCAGAUCUGGGAUUCUUGUUCUCGCGCCUUGUGUUGUUGGUUAGUCCGAUUUGAAGAGUGUGUUUAAGGAGUGGGGGAUGGCUCAAAAUUUCCCAAACGGAUUGACUUUGUUCCAUAGGAGAAUCUAUAAGCUUGUGGAGGAUCCUGCAACGGAUCCACUAAUCUCAUGGGGCAAAGACAACAACAGUUUCGUCAUUUGGAAUCUGGAAGAGUUUAUUCGCAGAGACAUCGUUGACAAGUUCGAUUGCGGCAAAUUCUCAGAGUUUCGCUCUGAGCUUAGGCAUUAUGGCUUUAGAAGAAUCAAGAAGGGAUCUGGGGAAUUGGAAUUCGGACAUGAAGAUUUUGUGAGAGGCAAACCUGAGCGGUUGAAGGCGAUGAUGCUCAAAGCUUUUAGGAAGAACAGGGCGAGAUUUUUGGCUGAAGAAGCACAAGAGGAAAUGCAACGUUUACAUAUUUGAUCAGAAUCAUCCGUCGUUUGCUGAAUGCUAUGAAUAAAGUUUGUUUGAUUAAGUUGCUUUCUUUCUUUGUAUAAUACUUUAGUAGUGGCUGGCUUUGAUGCAAUUUGGGGUUUCCCCACAACGAUAUAUCUAUAACAUCUACUAUAUAUAUAUAUAUAUAUCUGUAACAUCUAUUUAUUUAUCAACCUAUGGGGUUUGGAACUUGCCACUUAAUGUAAUCGAAAGCUUCAACUUUUAAGAAUUUUUUAUAAGUGGCUGCAAACUGCUUCCGGUGUGAAGCUUGUAUUUGGUUUAUGAGGACUCGUCAGAUGUGUAAGACUUUUCCCCAUGGGAAGCAAGCAGCAGGUAACUCACUAUAAUGAUCUCGAUUCGUUAUCAUCCGAGAAAGUUAUCAUUGCCGUUGUUGAUUCUGAUUAAAAGGAAACCAUCUUCUCAAGAGAGUGAUGGAACAUCAAGGUUGGUGGUGGAUGCUCGGGUUGAAGAGUUGAAGAAUAUUCGGACAGAAGAAACAGAAGCGUUUGCCACCAAGCUUCUUGGGCCGGUUAAGAAAUUCAUCAGGAAAACUACUACCACUAGAGACCAAGUCAGAGCUAUGAUAAGAUGCCUUAACAAAUGCAUAGAAGAUUUUAACACUUCUUUGGGGAAUGAAGGAUUCGUGGUUGAUGUCACAGUUCCUAUACCGGAAGCUGAUGAUUCCGAGGCAAGAUACACCGAUGAACACAGGCGUAUGGCACUUGAGCUAUUGCAGUACUUGAAGGGACAUACUCUCGAGUCGUACCUUACGUCUCUAGACCCUCAAGUGCCAUACUCUCGAGUCGUACCUUACGUCUCUAGACCCACCACCUACUGCCUUGACCGAUGAUGCGAUACGCGUUCUAAACGUCGUUCGAAAUGAUGUCCGCUCUUGUGAUAGACUCAUUGACCGUGUGAUGAUUGACGGGUAUGACUGCAGAUCUGCAGCUACUGGUGAGGAUUCCAGUGAAGAUGAGUGAGGAGGAAUUUUGCUACUCUUGUUUGUUUGUUUGUUUCUUUCUUUGUUUGACGUUUAAUGCUACUCUUGUUUGUUUGUUUGUUUUAACUAGCUACUCUACUCUGUUGGUUUGUGUUUUAAUUAGCUACCUAAACUUGAAAGUGUUA